CGGAAAUUGCGUUGAUUGCUCAUUAUCAAUCAUUCUCCCAGCCAGUCUUUCAUCGUCUUGCACUUCAGAUGGCAAAGCCCGCAAAGGUAUGAGGCUGUUGCAGUGCUCUCAGAUCCAUUUGAAGCUCCUCGAGAGGUGAUUCGCACUCGUGGUCGCUGAAUGCGCUGAGCGGAGACUCGCCGGGACAUUUGCUCGGAAUGAUGACUCCGACACGUCCCUCAUGCGGGGAGCAUUGAGGCGGCCAUCAUGCCGUCGGCUAUGUGGUUCGAUGGCUGAGUGAGGUUGAAAGGACAUAUUUCGAGAGAUUCUCGGCCUGGCAGUACUCACGAGCUCUUCUUUGACAGAGUGAGAAUGAGAUGCAGGAUGCAGGAUCUUAAUGUCUUGGUGGUCGGCGCAGGCAUCGGAGGCCUUCAGACGGCUCUUGCUCUCGCCAAGAACGGCCAUAAAAUAACGGUCUUCGAAUCCGUCAAAGAAUUUCUCGAGGUCGGUGCUGGGAUACGGGUUCCUCCCAACUCGUCACGCCUCGGGCUGGCAUGGGGCGUAGACUUCGACUCGAUCAAGAAACAGAUUUCUCUCGGCAAUCGGUUCGUCGACUGGAAAGACAAAAUCCUUCUCGACAUACCGUUUGACGAUGUUGAAGAUCGCUAUGGCGCGCCCUAUUACUUUGUUCACCGGGCAGACUUAAUCAAUGCCCUGGCUCGGGCAGUUGACAAGCACCCAAAUAUCACCUUGAAAAUGAACACCAAGGUGAUUGAGUACGACUUCGAAUCUCCCGCUCUGAAGACAGCCGACGGUCAGUGGCACAAGGGUGACCUCAUAAUAUGCGCAGAUGGCAUCAAGUCUGCAGUCCGAAAUGAAAUCAACGGGUCUCCCAUUGAGCCGGUGGACACAGGGGAUGUCGCUUAUCGUAUCCUUGUUCCAGCAAAACCCCUUCUCGACGACCCUCAAACUCGCUCGCUUGUCACCAAUCCAUGGGCCGUGCAUUGGAUGGGUCCUGAAGGGCAUGCAGUCGGCUACCCUUUACGCGACGGAGAGCUCUAUAACAUUAUCAUCGAUAUAACUCACUCGACUGACCUUGGCACACCUGUUGGCGAUGAUGAAUGGAAAUCUCAAGCCGAUAACACAGAGCUUGUUCGAAGAUUUGCGGAUUGGUGUUAUCCAGUCCGGAAGCUCUGUGGGCUGACAGGACAGUACUUGAAGUGGAAAUUGGCCGACUUUGAUCAACUGCAGCAUUGGGUUCAUCCAAGCGGAAAGGUGGCUCUGCUGGGAGAUUGUUCUCACCCAAUGAUGCCGUACCUUGCGCAAGGAGCGGCACAAGCCACUGAAGACGCUGCUACUCUGCAAGCAGCACUUGCGCACUUCGACAAUAUACCCGACGCCCUUCACGCGUAUGAAAGACAACGAAAACCUAGAGCAGCCUAUGCCGCUCGCAACACUCGAGUCCUUCAGGAGUGGUUGCACCUCUAUGAUGGUCCGGAACGGGAACGACGCGACGAGCUGAUGAAGCACGAUAACUCACAAAAUCCAAUUUUUUGGGCCGACACAAACCGAAAAGACUGGCUCUUUGGGCAUAAUGCUUGCCAACUCGUUCAAGACGAUGACAUGAUUAUACCUGAUCUACCUCCCUACCCUGCUGCCGAAGCAUCCGUUUAUACUGGCAAGGAUCGAAAGCCAGUAGCAGAAAAGAAGCCCAACACUGCCCAAAAAUGCUCCGAGAAUGGAUCUGUCAAGUAACAAGGCAUGCAACCACUCCUGGAAAGAAGAGACAGCACAUUCUGACAAUACUGAUGCCAGCUGUCUGCGUUUCCACGAGGAGCAAUUGCUCUUCUGACGCAGAAGAGGAAGGUCAAAUUCGUCAGAGUCACAGUCAAGUUGGACGGUCUGGUCAAUGCCAAUCAGGUCAGACAGAGCUUGACUUGCGAAGGUAGGAGUUCUCCAAGGUAGAUGGCGCCACGUUAUUUGUCCACAGGCUGCCGAAUAGAAAUGAGCCGACAAC